UCCGCGAACUUAAGUCGGUAGGAAACAACCUGACUGAUGAACAACAAGUCUAGGCAAUGAUAAGAUCACUGCCGAAUUCUUAGGAGAAUAUGAGCCAGAACCUGAUGCAUAACGAGAAUAUCAAAGACUUUGAUGAUGUCUCGCGUAACUUGGAAUUGGAGGCUAAGCGCCUAGAGGCUGUUAAGCCCAAUUACACGGCCUAUGUGGUUGAUUCUAGUUCGCGUAAGGUAUCAAGACCUAAGCGCAAGAAGUCCAAGAAUGUGGUAACUGCUGGACAAAUUAAGAAUGUGUUAGGAACUUCUCAGCGCAGCAAGAGGGGCAAGCAUGGGAAGAACAAGUCAAAAUUAAAGUGCUUCAACUGUGGAAAAAAUGACCACUUCGCUCGUGACUGCACUGAGUUGAAGAAGGAGCAACCGAACACAUAGCGCGAGACAAAGUCAGAUUUGUGGAGUAUCGCCAGAUUCCAGCUGGGAGCCGUGAU